AUGCUCUGUAACUAUGACGACGGCUGGAAUGAGAAUGUCCACAGUCGGCUGCAGCUCUAUGAGGAGCUCCGUCCUCUGCCUACGGUGAAGAGUGCGUCUGCUGUGGCCGCUCAGAGCAGCGGAAAGUCUGGUCCAGCCUCGGUCUGUCCCAGUCUGAGUUAUGGGAUGAGCCGCAGUAAUGGGACAAUACUGGGCUGGAAAGAUACUUGUGUCCUGAGGGGAGGGGGUGUGAUGAGGGGAGGGGGUGUGAUGAGGGGAGGGGGGGGGGGGGGUGUGAUGAGGGGAGGGGGUGUGAUGAGGGGAGGGGGGGGGGUGAUGAGGGGGGGGGGGGGGGGUGUGAUGAGGGGGGGGGGGUGUGAUGGACGAGGCCGGUCACUGGAGGAGAUGUUCCCCCACUAA